AUGCCUCCUCGUCCAAGGACAAGUUUUGAAAAUGAAGAGCAACGAAAAGAGCAUCGAAGAGAAUAUGCUCGAAAUUAUAUGAGACAACAACGUGAACAAAUGGCUAAUGCAGAAAGAGAGGAAGUAAGAAUUCAUUCAACUGAAGAGCAACAAAGAGAAAAAAAGAGAGAAUAUGCUCAAAAUUAUAUGAGUCAACGACGUGAACAAAUGAUUGAUCUACAAAGACAAGAAGAAAGGAAUCAUCGAAACCAAAAUGAUAGACAAAGAAGUGCUAAACGUAGGGCAGAAAUGACAGUGACAGAGAUUGAAGAGGAAAUGAGACAACAUGCAGAUAAAAUGAUGAAACAUCGUGCACAAACAUCUCAAGAUGAUGGAUAUAUAUUAAGAAGAAGAAUACAAAGAGCUAUGCAUUCUAAUCAAUUGAAUGAGAUGGAAAGACAACAAAUACAAGUGCGUAAUCGUGAAGCAGUUGAGGUUAGUUCCGAAGGGAUGAAUUCUUUGACAAUUGAUCGUGUGCUACAAACACCAAAUGAUAGAGUUCAAAAUGUAAUGAAUGUUGAUUUUCAAAAUCAUAUGGAAAAUAAUAGUUCACAACAAGAAUUAACAACUACUCUAAGAAGACAAAGACAAUUGCAAAGAACACAAAAUAGAAGAGAUCAAGGAGUAGUUAAUAAUGAUGGAAAUAUUGAGAUUGAUUUGAAGACUUUACAAAUGAUAUUUCGACAUGGACUCGAUCAACUUUCUACACCAAGUAUGUGCUACAUUUGUCAAGAGAGUUAUCCUGCAAUGAAGGUUGUGCGGGUACUUGAGGGCCCUAUUUGCAAUCAAUGUCGACAAGAGAAAAAUGAACAUCGAUUUUCAGCAUCAAACAAUAUGGAUCCUGGUCCACAACCAUUAGAACUUGCAAAUUUAACACAAAUAGAAGAAAUGUUGAUAGCACGUGUCAACCCAAUUCUUCAAGUAACACAUGCAACUAGGGGUCAAUGCAAAUAUAAAGGACAUACCAUAAGUUUUCCGCAAGAAGUGAGAGAAAUAGCUAAAAUUUUACCACAUCAGAUAAAAGAUUUGCCAAUCAUCAUUGUUCGAAAAAAAGAUCAACGUGGAACAAAUUAUAAUUUUACAGUUAAUAAAUAG